CGCCGCGCGUGUCCUCCCGCGCGGCGACAGCGCGCGCGCGCGCCGCCCGGUGCCGCGCGAGCCGCCGGAGCGGGGCGGGCGCGCGGGGCGGGCGCGCGGUCACCUGACGCCGCCGCCGCGGCCGCCGCCAUUUUGUCUGUGAGCGUAAAUGUGAAAGGGAAAGCCAGGGCGCAGCGCGCACAGCGGAGCCGAGCGGGGCCGGGCGCGCCCAGCCCAGCCGGCGGGGCCGGGAGCCCAGGGGUCGCCGCCGCUCGGGGCUGCGGGAAGAGCCUCCGUCGCCACGGCGGCGGUCGAGAGGAGCUGGUGAAGGCGGAGCCCGGCGAGGACUCCCCGGUCGCCUUCGCCGCAUCGGAGGGGCCGCCGGCGCCCUUCCCCCGGGGAGGCUGCCCUCCCUCCCCGGCCGCCGGGGAGCCGCUGAGCCGGCCUGUCCGCCCUCCGCGGGUCCGCGCCGAGGAUGUCGGGGCAGUCGAUCACCGACCGCAUCACGGCGGCGCAGCACAGCAUGACCGGCUCGGCCGUGGCCAAAGCCGUCUGCAAGGCCACCACCCACGAGGUGAUGGGCCCCAAGAAGAAGCACCUGGACUAUCUAAUACAGUGCACAAAUGAAAUGAAUGUGAAUAUUCCACAGUUGGCAGACACACUUUUUGAGAGAACUGCGAACAGUAGCUGGGUUGUAGUGUUCAAAGCUCUAAUUACAACACACCACCUCAUGAUGUAUGGAAACGAGCGCUUUAUCCAGUAUCUUGCAUCCCGAAACACUUUGUUCAAUUUAAAUAACUACCUGGACAAAAGUGCCAUGCAGGGCUAUGAUAUGUCUACCUUCAUUAGACGAUAUAGCAGAUACUUGAAUGAAAAAGCACUUUCAUAUAGACUUGUAGCAGUUGACUUCACCAAAAUGAAAAGAGGGAUAGAUGGAGUGAUGAGAACCAUGAAUCCUGAAAAGCUUCUGAAAACCCUCCCAAUCAUACAGAACCAGCUAGAUGCACUCCUUGAUUUUGAUGCAAAUCCAAAUGAACUAACAAAUGGUGUUAUAAAUGCUGCAUUUAUGCUCCUCUUUAAAGAUUCCAUUAGACUUUUUGCAGCAUACAAUGAGGGGAUUAUUAAUCUUUUAGAAAGAUAUUUUGAUAUGAAGAAGAACCAGUGCAAAGAAGGCCUGGAUAUUUACAAAAAAUUUCUAGCCAGAAUGACCAAAUUGUCAGAAUUCCUCAAAGUAGCAGAGCAAGUUGGAAUUGAUCAGGGUGACAUUCCAGAUCUUACUCAGGCACCCAGCAGCUUGCUCGAAGCACUGGAACAGCAUUUGGCUUCUGUGGAGGGAAAGAAAACAAAAGAAGUCUCUGCUGCCAGCAGAGCUAGUGCCCUGUCCAGUGCUGUUUCCACACUUGCCAACACAGGAAUGUCAUUUAGCAGGAUGGAUGAGAAAGAAAAGCAGCAGGCGUUGGAGGAGGAGCAAGCUAGGCUGCAGGCACUUAAGGAGCAGCGAUUAAGAGAGAUUUCUGUAGUAUCAAAUUCCACUCCCACAUCAGCAUCCCCAAGCACCUUAUCAGGAAAAAAUGUGAAUACCACUGUAGCUGUUGACCUCUUCACCGUGCCAGCACCCACAACAAAUAGCAUGCCCAACCUUUCUAGUGACCUUUUUGAUCUUCAGCCUGCAUUUGUUCCAACUGUGCAGAGUACUCCAGCUAUAUCGACAUCGGGGAGCAGUGCCUGGGGAGGUCCUUUCUCGUCCUCAAAUGGUUGUGUUGGUUCUCCACCUCAUCUGGACAUCUUUGACAUGAAGCCUGUUGAAGAAGCUGUAAAAUCUACCACCUCUUUCAUCAAUUCUACUUUUCCCUCCAAACAAAUGGUGGAACUCUUUAGUGAUGAUUUUAGUGGUCAUAAACCCACGUAUGCUUCUGUGUAUCAUCCUCUGACUGUUGAUGGUUUUUCUCUUCAUUCAGCUCCUCCAAGUACCACCUCUUCAACAAUUAACGUGGACUUUGAUGCUGUUUUUGGAGAAAAAUCUACAGCACCAGAGUACAGGACUACAACGGAUGAUGUUUUGCAACCCACAGUACCACCACAAAGUCAAAAAGCCACUUUAGCCAACCAGCAAAGCGGAAAAAUUUUGGCAAACGACCUUGAUUCUUCCCUUGCUAAUCUAGUGGGAAAUCUUGGCUUUGGAGGAACUCCAUCCAAAAAAUCGGAUAUGCAGUGGACCCAGCCUACAGAGAAAAAACUUACUGGUGGAACAAACUGGCAAGCAAAACCAAGCACAUCAACUACAUGGAAUCCUACUCCUUUACCCACUAUUCCACAUAUGAAUGGAGCACACUAUCCUGGAUAUGUACCUGCUCCGAUCACAUACCCAUUGACCACGCCUCAAGUGCCUGUAUAUGGAAUGGUACCUCCUCAGAUUGGAGCUGCUCCUUUGAUGGCACCCCAGUCAAUGAUGUAUACACAGCCUGGUCUAAGGCCAACAAAUCCUUUUGCACCUGUUUCUGAAACUCAGAUACAGUUUAUGUAGAGGCGCCAAAGCAGCAAGAUGUGAGAACAACCAAAUACUGGUAAAAAAAAGACGACUGAAUUUCAGUCUUUCCAUGACGUAUUCCUGAACAGGGCAACUGUUUCCUUCCCUGUAUAAUACAAUAUGAUUUUGAAUUGCAAUGCUUUAGAGAUUCUUGUUUAUAACAGUCACUGCGGUAUGAAGUCAUGUUUGUUCACUGAUUUUCUUUUUUUUUUUUUUUUCUUUUAAACCUGAUCACCAGAACUGUAUUUUAUUGAGAUUAACUCAGAAGGUGCAAGCUGGAUUAUCAUCUUGAAAGCUCAGAAGAGCGGUUACGUGAUUGCUUUACAACCUUACUUAUUGGUGGAUUACCUUAGGAAGUUAACUGAAGAUGUCAAAGCUAUUUAUUCUCUCCAUAAAUUCUGUGGCUGUUGUAACCAAGACACAACACAAAUGAAGUUGAGCAAUAAAAUUUUUAUGUGCUCUGAUAAAUAUUCUGAUAGAUCAGUGCUUGCAUUAUCAUAAGGCAAAUAUUGUGUGAAAUCAGACAGCUUUUUCACAUUACAAUAGCUUAUAGUGAUUUGCAAACUUUAUAAUGUGAGUUUGAAAUGCUGUGAAUCAACAAGAUAAAUACAUAUUAUAUAUAUAGUAAAAAUAAUAAAUGGCUCCAUUGGUAUGUCAGUGUUACGCAGCUAGCUGAAAGAGCUGGGCUCUCAUCUGGGCUGAAAGUCUGUGACGGAGUAGGGGAAAAGAGCGUGUUAGAGAACAGCACGUGCAGCCUCCAGCAGGCGACAAUGCCGCGCUUCCAUCGAGUCUCUUCUCUGCAGGCGGCGUCUGCCACAGCUCAGGGAAGAGCAGCUUUGGGAGCCAGUGGAUGCAGGUGUCCCCAUAGCAGCAAGUGGGAGCAAUUUGAAAGUCUUGUUGCUAACUGCAAAAGAGGCAAGAUAUCAAAUUUUUUAGUUUGUUGUUUAAAGUCAAUUAGGUCAAAAGAAGCAAACCUUGCAGUAGUGCUGACACUUGUGAACUGGCAACUAUCUUGAAAUUAUCCAGCUGUAGAGAAUAGCUUGUGCUGCUUUUCUGAAACAAGAACCUAGUUGUAAACCAUAUAAAAGUAAUUAUUUUUAAAUGUGUGAAUAAGUGCAAACUUUCAGAUAAUUUUUUCUUUAAUGCUGCAGUAAUCCUUUUCUUCUACAGUUAUUUCAAGGGAAAAAUGCUAUAUUAUGAAAUCCGGACUCCUUUUUGAGAGGAAAAUCUUUUAAAUCAACUAAUUUAUGAAGUAUGAUGGGUCAGAUGGCUACACACUUCUGGCAUGUCUUUUAUAUUUAACAAUCUUCCUCCAAAACUGAAAUUGGCUAUGAAAAUGCCUUAUCUUGUUUUUUUCAAUGUCUGAUAAAAAUGAUAGUGGUUUUUUUUAAAAAAGUCAUUAAUAACAAGUCAAUGGAAUUGGGAGCAACCUUUCCAGUUGUUUUGCGACAGGAUACAAUGAAAAGCUGUCCUGUAAAAUUACUUCUACUCAUGAUUAAUAUUAAAGCUGAGUUUUCAAAAAAUGAAUAGUUUUCUAUUGUUACAAUAAAUAGAUCUCCAGAGUAGCAUGUGUUUUAUCAUUUUGGGGAGUCUGUAGUUGCAGAAAUAUCUCUGACUCUCACUGUAAGUGCAAAUAGGCCUGAGAAACUUGUCAAACUGUCCUGCAGAGAACUUCUAAAAUCCGGCACUGUCCUCACAGCGGGAACAAGCCUUCUCUUUUUCUGUCCAAAGAGUGCAAAAUAGUAUAUCUUAACCCUAUGGAAAUACGUUUGCCAAGUGAAACAACUUGAAAGAAACAAAAUGAAAACCCACUCCCCAAACCUUGGAAUCUGUAGCCACCAACUUCCUGGGAAAUGUAACCUUGCAGAAAUUUAAAAGUCAGAGUGUCUGAAUGGGUAUUGAUUUGAAAAGAAUAUUGACCAGUAUACAGCAAUAUAAUGUUCAAGUUUGAAUUACAAAGGGCUUAAGCUUUAAUCCACCUUCACUGGGUUAAACAAUUGUACAAUUUGAAGCCAAUGAGUUCUUCAGUGCCUAUAGUCACAUGUGGCAUGGGAAUAGAUGCCAUUUAGACUGGGUCGUUGUGUUGAGGGGACUGUUUAUUUGAGAAAUAGUGAAUUCCAUUGAUUUGUUCAGCACUGAAAAGUUGAGUUCAGAUCAGUGCAUCUAGUACUAAAUGUCUGGGCAUUACUGACAGAGCUGAGAGUGCUACAAUCAGGCAGUUUCUAGCACUGUAAGCUGUUAAGACUCUUUCUCAUACGAGUUGUAUAAGUAAUAACCCAUUAUUUUAAUAAAAUAUGCAAAUAAAUGCCUGGCAAACAAUAUAUAUUUGUUAUAACUUUAUUGCAGAGCAUUCUGAAUAUCUGGAAUAUACUUUGCAGAGAAAUUGAUCUAGUACUAGGUAUAGCUUGCACUACUUCCGAUUUGCUCUGGAUUUUUUAAUGGUUCUUUGCAAAGCUGUCUGAUACCAAUUUAUUUAGUAUUAAAACAGGAGAAACAGCCACAAAGUACAUCCUAAAAACUUUAUAAGCUACCUUCUUUUUUAGUCUUGUUCAGAAUGUUUGAUACGUUAAAACACGGCUUUCAGAUCUAUCUGAAUGAAGAAAAGAUUGCUUUACACGCUUCUCUCUGCACAGAAGUGCACAGGACUGCUUUUUGCCAACCUCUUCCUAGUGCACAUAUUGGAAACGCAGAGUACUGUGUUCUGAAUAACAUUGUUCAUGCAUGAGAAGUAAAAAACAAGGACUUAGGAUGGUGUCAAGGCUUUUAUGGCUCAGAACUUGUUCUCCAAAAAACCAUCUUGAAGACAAAUGUUGUUCUUGAGGGUGACUCCAAUAGCCCCAAGAGUUUGAAGAGAGAUGUAUAUAAAUAUGACUUUCUUUUUUGUUUCUUUCCAACUCGUUUGGUCAGAAUCCUGUUCUGAAUACUUCAGAAAGCAGGUAACUAAGAUGUCACUCCAUGUUUGUCUGAACAAGGAGGAAGACGUGAAGUGUGCUGUGCACUUUGUGUUAUUGUAAUCUAGUGGGUCAUUCAAGCCGAACUGUUGGGACUUCAUGCUGCUACAGGGAGGCUGUCUUACUGGGAUGUACCACGAGAGAACUUCUGGGGAGGCUGGAAAGGUUGGACUUGAAAGUGUACCUCUCUUUGAAAAACCAGGGUUUUGUAAUCUCUAGAUGCAGCUUGACUUUGCCUCCAAGAAGUUACAGAAUUUAUUAUUAUUAUUUUUUUUAAUUUUGGAUACAUGUAGUAGAUAAAUCUCAGUUCUGUUCACAUAGUGGUGGAAUACUUGUAGGUAAAAAUAACAAAUGGACUUGAAGAAAAAACAACAAACAACACACACACAAAAGUCAACAACAAAAAACUUGUGACUACGAGAUUGAAUACAGGGUGUAUCCUCAUCUGGGUUUUUUGAUGUGUGGCAGGGAGGGUGGGGUUACAAUUAGAAUAGCAUGCACUGUGGAUCGGUGCUUAAUUUGUACAUAAAAAGGAAAACUUUGUUUAGGGUAGUUUGUAUUGUAAGGACAACAUCUAAAGGCACUGUGUAUCGGUCAUUUAUUUCCAUUUAAAAGAUUAUAUUUUUGAGCAAUGGAAACUGUACAUGUUCUCAUUUAUACAUUGCUGAUAGCUAGGAAUAUAGAAAACCUGUUGUUACUACCCUGAAGAUGUAUUUAGCUUGUCAUUGGUAUAUACAUCACUGCAUCACUACUUUAUGCAGAUUCUCAUGAUCAUUUAUUUAAAGAGACUGUAGUAACUGGUACAGUUGCAGCAGGAAUUGUAACAUCAAAUCUUUCAGUAUAUCUCAAAUGUGUAUCUUUGUGAUUAAGUUUAAUCCUGUACCAAAUGUUUGGCUGGAAUUUCAUUUUGGAGCAAUGACAAAAUAGGUGCUGGAACAGAUUUCCCUCACCCCAACCCACACUUUAUUUAUUUAAUAGGUCUUGAUUUGUAUGUUAUGUUUUUCCCCAUAACAGGUUUGUGCCUUUUAUUGGAUAUUUAUUUAAAACAAGUUACUAUAAUUUAGGUUGUCCAGGCUUUUUUUCAGAUGUAUUCUUGUACAGCUCUUCCUUUCCAUGAGUUCCUUCAUUUUAUAAGAAUACAGAAUGUGUGGAAAAUAUACUAGCCACAAAUUUGGGAAAAACUUUGAGGGUUUAUGUUCUAUGACUUAAUAAUUUUUUAAAACGAAGCCUAGGCAUAUAAGACUGGCUGUGAUAUUUUAAUUGUGGAACUUUGGAAUUUGUUAAUAUACAAAUUGUUUGUUUUUUAAAACUGCUCAUAUCCAAUUAUUUGAUGAAAAAAGUUUUGGAAAAAAAUAAACUUUGGCACAUGCAA